UUGUAACAAGACACAAAGAAGAAACAGCUGACAGACAAAAUGGCUGCGGGACAAAGCUAGAGGCUCGGCCCAUGUAAACAUCCACCGACAGGAGACAGGAGCGAGGAAAACGUUACUCGAGACGCUCUUGACGCUGCGAAUGAGAAAUCUUCCUCACUUUGGUGAAGGAUGAUGAGCCAGCGGCGUGGGAUCCAUCUGGACCAAUCAGAGCUGCUUUGCAAAAAAGGAUGUGGUUUUUAUGGCAACACCGGCUGCCAGGGCCUGUGCUCCAAGUGCUGGCGAGAGGAGAAUCAGCGAGAGAAGCAAACCCAGAUUCAAGAGGACUGGGCACUUGCUGAGAGGCUGCAGAGAGAGGAACAGGAAGCCUAUGCAAGCAGACACCCGAAGGCCCAACCGCAGCCCAGCAUCACACCCUUCAGCAAGUUUGAGGAAAGAAAAACUAAGGAAAAGUCCAGCAAAGUCAACACAGUCACAAAGUUUUUUAGUGCUUCCACAAAAACACCAUCAAAAAAAGGUGCUCCUUUUGAGGCUCAGUCCAGCCCGAGCUCCAGCUCCUCCUCUGCCAGCCGGCGCUCCUCUGUGGACAGUGACCAUGCAACGCGAGAGUUCAUUGACUUUCUCAAGCCCCUGAAGUCCGGCAGGGAGGUCUUCAAACAGUGCCGAGCCUUCACUGAGAGCAUGGUCUAUAAGCGGGACAUGGGUGCUGAUGAACAGUCUGAGUGUGUACAGGACUUCUACCAGAAUCUCUCAGACCGCCUCCACACCCAGUUCAAAGGUUCGUCAGAACAUGUGGAGAGUGUUAUGGAUGAAGUAGAAAAGUACAUGAUGACUCGGCUCUACAAGGAGGUCUUCUGUCCCGAGACAACAGAUGAUGAGAAGAAAGACCUAGCUAUUCAGAAGAGAAUCAGAGCCUUGCAUUGGGUCACCAUUGAGAUGCUGUGUGUUCCUGUCGACGAGGAGAUCGCUGAGGUGUCAGACAGUGUAGUCAAAUCCAUCACAGACGUGAUUGAAAUGGAUUCAAAGUGCGUGCCCAAGGAGAAGCUGGCGUGCAUCACUCGUUGCAGCAAGCACAUCUUCAACGCCAUCAAAAUCAGCAAAAAAGAGGCUGCAUCUGCAGAUGACUUCCUCCCGACGCUCAUCUACAUUGUGCUGAAAGCAAACCCGCCGCGCUUGCAGUCCAACAUCCAGUACAUCACCCGCUUCAGCAACCCCAGCCGACUCAUGACUGGAGAGGAUGGCUACUACUUCACUAAUCUGUGCUGUGCAGUGGCCUUCAUAGAGAAGCUGGACGGUCAGUCUCUGAACCUGAGCUCGGAGGAGUUUGAGCGCUACAUGUCGGGCCAGGCAUCCCCCCAAUCGCCACAGUCCACUGGAGCUUCUUCCUGCCCCCCAGGCAGCACGACUCAGGUCCACCAACGGCUGGACCUGCUAGCAGGGCUCGGGGAAAGACAGGAGCAGGUCAUGGUGAAAGCUCGCCAGCUGGAGAGCGAUCUCAUAGACUGGACGGACGAGGUGGAGCAGAAGGUGCAGAGCGUUCUGGAGAGCUUUCCUCCAGAGACGCAAAACCCAACUGCAAUCGAGGCCAGCGGGACGACUUCUGCAGCGGCAUCAGCAAUCGACUCCGAUAACGUUGAGAACGAGCACCUGCCCCCACCUCUGCUACCGCAAGUGUUUGCUGGUUGACGUAAAGAGCUCUGCCCAACAAUAAACAUUCCUCUAGAGGCUUUACUCCGCACUCCCCCUUUUCCCCACUGUUAAACGUUGCUGUCCAUAUGCACACAGAGCAUCUAUCUGAUAUGGAUCACUGUUCCACUCCGGACAUUUCUUUUCCCUCCAUCCAUAGUCCGAGAGGCCCUGAAAUUACCCUGAACGGUGACCAAACUAUUGAAUUAAAGACAUAGUUUGGCAUUUUGGCAAACACACUUAUUCGCUUUCUUACAGAGUUGAAUGCAAAGAUCCAUAACCACUCAUGUCUGUAUGGUAAAUAUGGAGCUGAAUGCAAAGGAGCAGACUGACUCCACUCCAAGUUCUUAUCGAACACAUCUGUCUGUCUCCCACAAUCAGUACCUCAGUACUUCUUUAUCCGUGUUAUUGUAGUUACAUUUAUGCAGACAAGUUAUUUGGUUGGAUGUGGCUAUUUAAACAUAUUUUAUGAUUAUUUCAUUAUUUGCAGUUUUUUAGACAAGGACUACAUUUUUUAAUUAUAUGGCGAAGUCUCCAGCUGCAAAUUCAAAAGUGGGUCCUCAAAUUUUCACGUAGAACCUCACUGCCCAAGUAACAUCAAAUGACUCUAAUGUUUUUCUGAAAGGAAAUGGAGGAAUCAGAAACAUAACUUCCUAUCUCUCUCUCUCUGUGCGUGAGUGCGUGCACGCCCCCACCCAGUCUCGUGAGUUCUGUUAAUGUCGGUAAAUCAUUGGGUCCUAGAAGAUAUUGUGGUCUUGUUUUCAUGCCAGACCUCUCACUCCAGUCAUAAUUUGGAUCUACAGAAGUGAUUUUAUUUUUCUAUAGAGUGGCGGUUAUCAAUUAUUUUGGAUAGGAAACAUGAAUCCUGUAAUAUUUACAGUAGUGCUCUUGUUAAAAACAACAUUGCUUGAAUACAUGAAUUAUAAUGACCGAAUAGUAAAGUUUUCAUCUAUUCAUUUCUAUUCUUGAGUGUGUCAUAAGCGUGUCCCAUCAAGAUGAGGGUCAUUUGUUUGGGGUUAACUGCUCAGGCUGGUUGCUUCAAUAACAUGACAUAACCAAUUUAAUAUAUUUGAAAGCACUUUUCUUCUGUUUUGAUUUAAUUAGAAGUACAUUUAAUGAAGUAAUGUCUAUAUUCAGUUGGAAGGAUAAUUGGUGAAAGCAGUGUUGUUAAACUUUGUCUUUGGAAGGAAUGUUUUGGGAGUUUUUUUUGUUUUGUUUUGUUAAGACUUGCUAUAUGUUGCGAGAUUUUAAUCUUGUCUUUUAUUCUUAUUCGCAGCACGUCGUUAGUGUGCAGUUGCUGUCCAAUUUUAGUUUGAGAAAAGACUUUUAAUGCAAACUCAAACAAUGGCUGGAAUAACUUAAUAUUGCACUGUAUGCUGAAACCAUAUAUGAAGAUUUUAAAAGAUCAUCUUUGUAACCAUAUAGGUUAGUUAUCACCUGGGAGAAAGUACCUCAAUACUGUCUUUUAUUUAUAUGUAAGUUAUUGGGGCAGUACUGGUGUAUAUGCCUCCAUGGGUGUGUGAUGAUGAUGAUGAUGAUGAUGAUGAUGAAGAAGAAUACAAAUAAAAAUGUGAAAUACACGUGCA